CUGGGCACCAGAUAAAAGCCCUGGGCGGCCGCGUGGGGACCACGGCCAGCUCAGGACCGCCCACCGGCUCUGCUCCCUCCUCCCGGCGGGUGGCCGGAGCUCCCGUCCUCUGCCCGCGGUGGGCGCGGGGUCUGCACCCAGGGAACACCAGCGGGAGUUUUCUGGUUUGCUCUCAGCUCUCCCGAUGAUCUAUUUCUGUCUUUCCUUUGGGAAAAAUGCGCUUUGCCAAUGACUAAUCUCGGCCCCGCCGAGAUGUUAUCAGCUGUCAACUGCAGGGCAGGACCACAGCCCAGGUGUAGAUGAGAUACAGUGAGGCUGCAGCCCGACCUGCCAGCACCACCUGAGUCCCGUCCCCACCGGGCGCCGCUGUCCCUGCGCAGGCCCCGGGGAUGUGGCCACCGCAGUGACCGCCGGGGCGAGGCCGCCCUGGAAGGGCCGAGCCAGGCGUGCGAGGAGCGGGUGCCUCCCGGUGCGGGCGUGUGUGGAGCCCCUGGAUGGAGCUUGGGAGUCAAGGCCCCUCAUGUCUGUCCUGCUGACUCUGUGCGUCGUGCUCCUGGUCCUGGCGACCCCGGGCCGAGGCGCCGGGAGAUGGGAGCCCUGCACGGACCUGCGGCCCCUGGACAUCCUGGCAGAGGCGGUCCCUCCUGAUGGCGCUGCGGUCGGGGUCACGGUGACACAGGUCCAAGGUGCGCGAGGACUUCAGCUCUCAGCCGCUGCCCCCCACGACCUGAGCUUUCCUGCGUCAAGGAUUUUCUUCAGAUGCGACCUCUUCCCGGAAGAAUUUUCCAUCGUCGUAACCUUGAAAGUUCCCAGUCUUCCCGCUAAGAAGAACGAGUACCUGUUCACGGUGGUGGCGGAGGAGCGGGACUCGCUGCUGCUCGGCCUGCGCUACUCGCCCACCCAGCUGCACUUCCUCUUCCUCAGGGAGGACGGGGCGCGCGCCUGGCAGGUCCGCGUGUCCUUCCGCGGCCCGGCUCUGACGGACGGCCAGUGGCACACGCUGGUCUUGGCCGUGUCCGAAGGCUCCUUCUCCCUCACCAGGGACUGCGGCCUCCCCAUGGACAUAAUGGCUGAUGUGCCCUUCCCAGCCACCCUAUCGGUGCAAGGAGCCCGGUUCUUCAUCGGCAGCCGGAGGAGGACCAAAGGCCAGUUCACGGUAAGUACGGAGGAGCUGCCUGCCUGGACCUCCCAACACCAGUGCUCCUGGGGGCCUGUCACCACUGGUCUGGCACCCCAGUUUGACACUGUUGGCCUGGUGAGGCAGCUGGUUCUGCUGCCCGGCUCAGACGCCACCCUGAGGCUCUGUCCCUGCAGGAAUCCUGAGCUCGCCCUGCUGUCCAUCCCCCCUCUCCUGCGGGGACUCGCAGGGAAGCCGGAAGAUAGUGAGGUGCUGAAGUAUCCCUAUGAAACCGACAUGAAGGUGACGCUGGGAUCCCGGCCGCCGUGUACCAAAGCGGAGGACGCCCAGUUCUGGUUUGACGCCGGCCGCAAGGGGCUACACCUGUGCGUGGGCAGCGAGUGGGUCUCCGUGUUAGCAGCCAAAGAAAGGCUGGAGUACGUGGAGGAGCAUCAGAGCCUGUUCACGAACUCGGAGACACUGGGUAUCGAGGUCUUCGUCAUCCCUGGGGCCGGGCUCUUCGUGGCCACUGCCAACCGGAAAACCACGUCCGCCAUCUACAAAUGGGCCGACGGGAAGUUCUCCUCAUACCAGGACAUUCCCACGCACCAAGCGCAGUCCUGGAGACAUUUCACCAUUGGAAAAAAGAUCUUCCUGGCUGUGGCUAAUUUUGAACCGAAUGAAAAGGGUCAGGAGUUCUCUGUCAUUUACAAAUGGAGCCAGAGAAGGCGGAGGUUCACACCGUACCAGAGGGUCCUCACCCACGGUGCCCGAGACUGGGAGGCCUUCGAGGUGUCCGGGGAGCACUUCCUGGCCGUGGCCAACCACCGGGAAGGCAGCGACCACAACAUCUACAGUGUCAUCUACAAGUGGAGCCCAGGGGCCCGGCUCUUCGAGGCCAACCAGACCGUCGCCACGUCGGGCGCCUGCGACUGGGAGUUCUUCACGGUGGGGCCCUACGCCUUCCUGGCCGUGGCCAAUGCCUUCAAUGGCACGUCCACGCAGCUGCAGUCCCACCUGUACGUGCGGCUGGGCGGCAGCUUCCAGCUCUUCCAGUCCUUCCUGGUAAGGACCUUGCGCUCCCCGCCGGCCCCGCACCUCUGCCUGGCGCCUGGGCGACGCAGGACCCCGGGCCGCACGAGCCAGGACCAGGGCCCCAGCCCGGGCCUCCGCGCCCAGGCGCCUCCCCAGAAUAAGGCUCAGGCCGAGCCCCUGGGACCCCGAAUAUAGCCUGGGAGCCCUAAAUGAGGCGGGAGGGCUGCCCUGGCACGGAGUUUCUGGCAGCCCGGCUGCUCAGCCGGGUCCCCUGGCCCCUGGGGGCCCUCACGGUCUGACCCACCUUUAUGUGGGCGCCAGGCUCUUGCCCUGGAGCAGCAGGCAGCUGGCCUCUGACCUGGUCAGCUGUGGUGGCAGCACUGUCCACCUUCCCUGCAGAACUUGAGUGUCCCUCAGCUGGUCCCCGCUGUCGUGGGCUGCCUGGAGGGACCUCUGACUGAGGCAGCGAGAAGCCUUUAUUACGUGGCGUGGCCCCAGAUGCCCGGCUGAACCACGCAUGAGCCUCUGGGCCCCGGGCUAGCGGGCGGCGUUGGCAUCCCCUCUUCACGCCCACCGUGGUCUAGGGUGACGAUGUGGGGCCCCAACCCUCCUCCCACCUUCCCUCGCCCUCCUCCCUCCAAGCCGCCCAGCUUGUCCCUCUCAGUGUCAGACCCCAGGCCGAGCCCCCACGGGUGAUUCUAAAAUCGAGAGCCACUGUCGGCAUUUGCAUCGUCCUGGCCGCGUCCCAAUGUCGUUCGCGCAGAGCCGAGGGUAUGGCUGUGAUCACUCCCUUCUCAGUGGCUUCAGUGGUGGGAUGACCUUCGUGCCACCCCAGGGGACAGUCCCUGAAUGCAGUUCAGACUCUCCUUUCAUGCCACAAGCCCACCACACGUGGCUCACUUCAUACGUGGACCCCAUGUGCUGCACAUAAUGUUUUUCGACAAGCUCCUAAUUGCUUUUUCUGAAGUCCCUCCCUCCCUCUCCUUUCCUUUCUGGGGAAGAAAACCCCCGUCUCUGCACAUGGUAACGUCCCCCGGCUUCUUGCUGGCCAUCCCCAUCCCCGAGAGCCGCUGUGAACACCGCGUCUUCAGUGCCUCCUGAGUUUCCACCCGCGUGUUGGUGCUCCCAUCGCGUCUGCAAGGCCUCUGGCCGGUAUGCGCCCGUGAAGACCCCUCCCUCUUUUCCCAUAACCCCCCUCCUGGGCCCUCCUGCCUGUGCUGUCCGGGCUGACUGUCUCUAGAACUGACAAUGGUCCCCUUUCUGGAACUUUCCUUUACCGCCAUCUUUGGCUGGAGCCACCGUGUCCAAUUCUGAUGUCCGGUGUUCUGGUUGACCUCAAGUACACCCCGCCUUCCAGGUGCUCCCCGACACUCCCCAGCGUCCCUGCAGCUCAGCCAGGUUAUGUGACCAGGACCAGCCAAUGGGUGUUGAGCAGAGUGAGGCCACGUCAAUCCUGGGCUGAGGGUGAGAGCUCACCCCUCGCCCUCCACAGCCACGUGGGCCACGUGCCCCGACAGCACAGCCACAGGCUGGGGGAGCCGUGACCUCGCCGGCUUCAUCCCAGUGAGGGCGACCUUCUGUGGUGGGAAGUGUGGACACUCAUGGUGGCUGCAUCCUUUACCCUGCCUCAUGUACUGCAUGCAGGAUUUUAGGGGGGAAGUUUCCUUGGAAACACUGAGGGCAGCCCCCUGCCUCCCCAGGUGCCUUUCCUAUGACCGUCUCUGCCCUCAGUGCCCACAGGCUUCUUCGCAGUGGUUUCCUGUGCUUCCUGUCUGAUUGGUCUCCGUGCCCUUUCAACCUGAAGGCGUGCAUCCCCAGGCCUGGGAGAUUUUCUUAGUUUUUCUUGAUUGUCUCACGCUCCCCUCUCUCUAGAACGGUUAGCAAGCUUUCGGAUCUCCUGGAUUGAAUCUAUCUUUUCUUUUUCUACAACCUAGACGCUUUCCUUACCUUUAUUCUCUCAUCCUGUUGAUGAGCAUCUUCUUGUAAUGCUAGGAAUCGUGUUUUUAAUAUCCAAGAACUCUUCCCUUUAACGGCAUUCUGUAUUUACUCUAUAAAUGCGGUAUCUUCUUGAAUACUUCUGAAGAUAAUUAUAAUUUUAUUUUUUAAGAGUUUGUGUAAUUUCUUUUCUUUUUAAGUAUAUUUAUUUUAUUUAUAUUUAUUUUUGGCUGCAUUGGGUCUUCGUUGCUGUGUGCAGGCUUUCUCUAGUUGUGGAGAGCGGGGGCUACUCUUCAUUGCGGUGCACGGACUUCUUAUUGUGGUGGCUUCUCUUGUUGUGGAGCACGGGCUCUAGGCACGGGGACUUCAGUAGCUGUGGCUCGCGGGCUGUAGAGCGCAGGCUCAGUAGUUGUGGCUCGCGGGCUCUAGAGCGCAGGCUCAGUAGUUGUGGCUCAUGGCUUAGUUGCUCCACGGCAUGUGGGAUCUUCCUGGACCAGGGCUCGAACCCGUGUCCCCUGCAUUGGCAGGCGGAUUCUUAACCACUGCACCACCAGGGAAGUCUGAUAAUUAUAAUUUAAAAAAAUUCUAUUCUGUUCCUAGAACCAGCUCAGUUUCUUCCAGUAUGUGUGUAUGUAUAUGUUGUAGCCUGACUCUCAUGUUCUAGGUCUUUUAUAAAACAUCUGGAGGACCCUUAGUUUUCUGUGUAUGUUUAACGUUGAGCCUGGCAGUGGGUGGCGUUGUCACUGGCCGCUGUGCCCCAGGGAGCUGGGGACCUUGUUGAGGCCCUUGAUGAAGACCUUCCUAAACUGGCCUCUUGCUCAGAUGUAGGUGAGGCUGGAUCACAGUGUUGGCAGCUACAGGAUGCUAAUCUCCAAGAGGCACUCCCCAAACAGCUGCAGGAACCCUCCUCAUAUCACACGCUUGGUGUGACAGCCCUGCUAGGGACCUGUGUGGUUGACCAGAAGGCCGCUUGCCGGGCCUCUGUGCCAGGCUGCAGGACUGUGCUCUCUGGACACCACAGGAGUCGCUCCCCUGUUCCACCGGCUUGUCUGCUAGAUAUUCGGAAACCGUCACCGCAGGUCUCUCAGAACAGUCUUCAGUUCCUGCCGUUGUCCCCCGUGCGGUAUGUUCCAAAUCCCAAGGGGAUUCUGGCCAGUCUCUUUGAACGCCUCCCAGUGUGCCGGCUCCAGGUACGUGAGACCCGGAAACUCUGCAUUUCAGGCUGCAUCUGGAUCCAGCUCCAGCCUGCACCCAGCCCUGCCGUAGGCUCAGACACAGAAGGGAGGCCGGGGCCAAGGGGCAGCGAUGGUGCCAGCUGAGCCAGGGCGGGGGCCAUCCGGGUUACAGGACCUAAAGGAGAACCAGCUGAGGGGUGUGACGUCAGCUGGAAGAAUCACCCACAAGGGCGGGCGAGAGCAGGACCACAGUGGCUGUGAGAGAACGUGUCUCUGGCCAGCGGGCAGAGUGACUGUGGGGGCUGCGAGGGGGCACUGCUGCCACCCGAGCCCGCAAACAACUGUGGAGCCCUGCCUGAAGGCUUCCUUCUCUAUGACCCGUGUUUCUUCACACUCGAGUCCUCAGAACCCACGAGGUCCCACUUUCAUGUUGUGCCAGCACUUUUCAUACUGUGUUUUAAUGCUCUUAGGUCCUGGCGAUGUCUUCAUGUUUCCACUUGAUUUGGAGCUUUGCACCAUCUCGCAUGGCCAUGGGCUUUGAAGCAGGAGAGGCCGGUGCUUUGAAAGCAUGUGUGGGUGGAGAGGUGCCCACACCGCAGGGAAACCUUUCUGGAGGGACGGCCGGGCAAGGGCGCACGCCGGUGUUUGCGAAGCUGUGCACACGGACAGUGCUGGGAGGGGCGCUGGGCGGGGCCCCAGGGCUGCGGGGUGAGUUCAGCUCACCGGGAGGGCCCGGGCCAUGGCCACGCCAGGUCUGUGGCUCAGGUGUAUGUGGGAGGCUGGCUGCCCACCCUGGAUGAAUUCCUCAGCCCCACCCUCCAGACCUCCCCGCCUCUCCCACCAGGAAUCCUGGAACCUUCCUCAGGUGGCAGAGACCACAGCUCCACUUGGGCUCGCCAUCUUGGACCAAAGGAGGUCCGAGCAGGGUGUGUGCAGGAAGGAAUGGGCUCUGGCCACAGAAAUCCAGCCUCCAGCCCCUGGGGUUUCUGCUCCCUGAGCUGUCUGGCUGUGGGGCCUGUGGUCACAGUCAUCACGUGUAGUCCCAGAACG